GCCCUAAGUCACUGCUGGGGCCAAUGCGCCGACAUGACCAAGCUGGGGCUGGAGAACGAAGCGACGUGGCACCACGGUAUUGACCUCGAGUCCCUUUCGCUCAACUUUCAAGACGCCAUCACCGUUACACGGCGGCUUGGCAUCCGCUACCUCUGGAUCGACGCGCUCUGUAUUCUCUAGGACUCGGCUGCCGACUGGCUCGCCGAGUCACUCAAGAUGACAUUCGUCUUCGGCACUGCAACCCUCGUGCUCUCGGCCACGUCCGCGAAACAUUGCAACGAGGGCAUUUUCCUGCAGCGACCGCUGAUACGCUCGCCUGCUCUCGGCCGGAACAAGCAUACGUUUCUAGUGCCAUUUGCCGACAUCGACCUCUGGGCCAAAGGACAGACCGAACCUGACCGAAUCGUUUCCUGCGAGUCCAUCAUCGCAAAGUCUGCUCUGAGCUCGCGUGGCUGGGCCGCUCAGGAGCGGAUUGUGGCAAAGAGGAUUUUGCACUAUACUAGAACGGAGAUGAUCUAGGAGUGCGCAUACCACUACCGAUCGGAAUUAUCGCGGCCUCGGGAGCCGGCGACCUCCUCGGAUAAGCCCGUCGUCGACCUCAACGUCUCGGCGCACCCAGACUUUCCGAGCUCCAAGAGGAGAAGAGUACAAAACUUAGUCACGCAGUGGCGUCAGCAGAGCUCACGCCAGGUCGCUCCGGACGACAACUUGGAUC